CGGGAGCCGCCGGCAUGACGGGCCGCGUGUGCCGCGGCUGCGGCGGCACGGACAUCGAGCUGGACUCGGCGCGCGGCGAUGCCGUGUGCACCGGCUGCGGCUCGGUGCUCGAGGACAACAUCAUCGUGUCCGAGGUGCAGUUCGUGGAGAACAGCGGCGGCGGCUCGUCGGCCGUGGGCCAGUUCGUGUCGCUGGACGGUGCCGGCAAAACCCCAACCCUGGGCGGCGGCUUCCAUGUGAACCUGGGAAAGGAGUCAAGAGCACAGACCCUGCAGAAUGGGAGGCGUCAGAUCCACCACCUGGGGAGCCAGCUGCAGCUGAACCAGCACUGCCUGGACACAGCCUUCAACUUCUUCAAGAUGGCCGUGAGCAAGCACCUGACCCGCGGCCGCAAGAUGGCCCACGUGAUCGCGGCCUGCCUCUACCUGGUGUGCCGCACGGAGGGCACACCGCACAUGCUCCUCGACCUCAGUGACCUGCUCCAGGUGAACGUGUACGUGCUGGGGAAGACGUUCCUUCUUCUGGCAAGGGAGCUGUGCAUCAACGCGCCGGCCAUCGACCCGUGCCUGUACAUCCCACGCUUUGCCCACCUGCUGGAGUUUGGGGAGAAGAACCACGAGGUGUCCAUGACGGCCCUGAGGCUCUUGCAGAGGAUGAAGAGGGACUGGAUGCACACUGGCCGGCGCCCCUCGGGCCUCUGCGGAGCAGCACUUCUGGUUGCAGCCAGGAUGCACGAUUUCCGGAGAACCGUCAAAGAGGUCAUCAGCGUGGUCAAGGUGUGCGAGUCCACACUGCGCAAGAGGCUGACAGAGUUUGAAGACACGCCCACGAGCCAGCUGACCGUGGAUGAGUUCAUGAAGAUCGACCUGGAGGGGGAAUGUGACCCCCCUUCAUACACGGCAGGGCAGCGGAAGCUGCGCAUGAAGCAGCUUGAACAAGUCCUGUCCAAGAAACUGGAGGACGUUGAAGGUGAGAUAUCCAGCUAUCAGGAUGCCAUCGAGAUCGAGCUGGAGAACAGCCGGCCGAAGGCGAAGGGGGCCCUCGCCAACCUGACCAGGGAUGGCUCCGUCGAGGACUCCACGUCCAGCUUAUUUGGUGAGGAGGACCCCGAGGAUGAGGAGCUGGAGGCUGUCGCCAGCCACCUAAACAAGGAUUUCUACCAAGAGCUGCUUGGCGGCAGCAUUUCCAGCAGCUCCGAGGUGGCAGGAGACCCCGAGGGGGGCAGGGGGCCCCCGGCCCUGGAGUCCCUGCUCGGCCCCCUGCCCACGGCAGCCAGCCUGGGCAUCUCGGACUCCAUCCGAGAGUGCAUCUCCUCCCAGAGCCAGGACCCCACGGACGGGUGUGGGGAUGGCGAGCUGGACCUCAGUGGCAUCGACGACUUGGAGAUUGACAGGUACAUCCUGAACGAGGCGGAAGCCCGUGUGAAGGCCGAGCUGUGGAUGCGGGAGAACGCCGAGUACCUGCGGGAGCAGAGGGAGAAAGAAGCAAGAAUCGCGAAGGAGAAGGAGCUUGGCAUCUACAAGGAGCACAAGCCCAAGAAGUCUUGUAAGCGACGGGAGCCGAUCCAGGCCAGCACGGCCGGGGAGGCCAUUGAAAAGAUGUUGGAGCAGAAGAAAAUCUCCAGCAAGAUCAACUACAGCGUGCUCCGGGACCUCAACAGCAAGGGUGGGGGCAGCCUGCAGGGGGAGGACGCGCAGCCCGAGGAGCGGGCCAGUGCCCGGAAGCUGUCUCGGAGGAAGAUGCCUGCCGGCAGGAACGGAACUGACUCCAUGAGCAGCGUGGGGAAAAGGCUGAGGCCCAUGGUGUCUGCACAGCCAGCCAAGAAGGCAGCUGUAGGAGAGACCUCCCUCCUGAGCUUGCCCACCCUGGGAGCCGAGCCCGACAGGCCCGCAGCGGUGGUGGAGAGCGGGCCGGUGUCCUACCACCCUGAGGAGGACCCCGACGAGGAGGACCCCGACGAGGAGGACGGGGAGCCCUGUGUCAGUGCCCUGCAGAUGAUGGGCAGCAAUGAUUACGGCUGUGAUGGCGAGGAGGAUGAGGGUUACUGA